CUAGUAGUUUCCGGCGUGUGACCGACCUCGCGUCCUCGAACAGAAGUAGUGAAACCGAGGAGUUUCAGCUUUCUGAGUUUUAUUUUGUAAAAUUGUCAGACAUAACCAUGGUUUUCGAGAAAAAAAUGCUCACACACGGGGACCCCGACGAUGAGGAGGAAGAUGCCCCUGCUGAGGAGGAGGAGGAGGAAGAAGAGGAGGAAGAGUUGGUGGAUCCUCUAGAAGCGAUAAGAGCCAAGUGUGAGGAGACUGAACACUGUGUGCACUACAAGGAGCGUCUGGAGCUCUGUGAAACCCGGGUCAGUUCAAGGUCCAACACUGAUGAGGAGUGUACAGAAGAACUCUUUGACUUCCUGCAUGCGCGGGACCAUUGUGUCGCACACAAGCUGUUCCACAAUGUGAAAUGACAACCCGUCCAGUAGACCCGAUAUAAUUUCUGAUAAUGUAAAAUAAUCUACAAAUGAAGCCUGUUGUUGUUCUCCUGAAUUCCCUUUGACUACGUUCCUGACACCUGUUUGUAUGCAGUGCAUACUAAUAUAGCUGAUAGCAGUAUCGACAUCAAGAGUCACUAAUAACAUAUUGGAGCAUACACUUUAAAAAUUUGUGUCAAGAAGGGAUUGGCUGUAAUGAAAAUGUGAUGAGGUGGAAUGUUGGAGCAAAUAUGCUGCUACAGUAAUGGAAACCGGCUCAGGUUUGGUCAUGACUUCACUCUGCUGACCAGAAAAUAAAGGUUGUCUUUGGAUUCCA